ACGAAUCUAGUAACAACCGAAAAGAGAUAUCCUCACGGUCGCUAUAGGAUACAAGCCCAGCUCUAUCUACAACUUGGUGGGUUUACAGCGAACCGGCCCCAGGCUCUCCUCAGUCUCUGUUAUCGCCAUAUACAAGUUACACUUCUACGUGAUCCUGAGGGUGGCCCUCAUCGAGUACUGCUGGAGUUCACUUUUGAAUUUACAAAAGAGUUUCUUGGUAUCAAAGACCUGAACACCUUCCCCCUUCCUGAGAUUAUGUUCGAUCAGACGCUCCUCUUCAGUCCCCACGUCUUCCUCCUUGGCCUGCUCUUCCGCGAUCGGGCGUUUGCAGCCUAUAAUCUAACCUCGCCAGAAGAAUUGAGCAGACUCAAGAUUCCGCCAGGCCGCAACGAGCUCCCAUUACGCCUGAAUCGGACGUUGGACAAUGUUCCCGUGUUUCGGAAAGCGGUGCAGACUCUGAAUGGUUGGGAUGUCUCCCCUACCGAACCUCUCCCCUACUCCACCCUACUUCCAUGGAUCCGGACUUUGGGUGAGAUCACGGGAUUUGCUCAAGUCACCCGUCCUUAUUCGCUGAGAUACGCCGGAGGGAAGGCGUUCAACGAAAACGGUAAUGUUAGUGAGGCUAUGCAGAACCUGAUGAUGGGUCAUGCCAGCAUCGCGACAUUUUUGAAGCAUUACCUUUCGCGACGUAUUACAGUUGAUACGCAGGCUGUUGUAAGAGGCAUCCAGCCGCAAGCAGCCCUCAUGCGGUCGGCUUGUACUAUGAGCCGCUCGAUUGAUCGUCGUCGGCCACGAAGACUCACGGAGGAGCAGUCUGCAUCUGUAGACGAUGAUCCUUCUAUCUGCUCUCUUCUCAACCAACGAGAGCGCCUCAAACGUACCGUUCGUAAUGCAACAAAACAGCCCACGUACAAAGCGCUCACCACCAAGAUUAACCAGGAGAGGCAGCGUCGGCGGCACGCCCUUCUCAAGGACGUUAAAGAACGGUGGGAGUUUGAGCAGCCUGUGCGUGAUGUCGAGCGGCAGCUUGCUGGGUUAGAAACUAAUGAUGAUCUGGAGCUGGUUUACGACAUUAUGCUCCCAGCCCAAGAAAAGCUAUGCGACUCAGUCUUGUCGAAACCAGGAGCCACUAUGGAAGAGGAGGUCGCCAGGCGUAAUUGCGCUAUCCAUGCGGUCACCCUAUAUUGUGGCAUGGAAGAGGGGGGGAUGAACCCUAUCCGAAAAGGGGACCGAAACAGGAACGCUGCCCUACCCGCCAAGAGCCAACCAGGAUACGAGGAAGAAGCAGUAGAGUUAGCCAAAGUCUCUGUGUACAAGGAAAAAAGGCCGAGGGUAUGUUUCCUUUGCCUAGGCAAUGAAGGGCUGCCGCUGGCACAGCGCAUAUAUGCUUUUAGCACUCCAGGCGAUCUUAGCAAGCAUUUUGGACGUAAGCACCUAAAAAACAUCCAGAGUGGGAGGGAUCUUGGCUGCAAGCUUUGUAUGGUGCGCUUGGUAGACAAGACGCACUUGCAACGACAUGCUCAAGAAAUUCACGGAACUGUGUCCCCUAGACGUUCUUACAGUUGCUGCUAG